CACCCGGGAUUUUAGAUCUGUGGCUAGGAACCGGCAAGCAUCACGGCCGGUCCUCUCACUUUUCCAGUCCUCCUUCCCCAGAUCGGUGGGAACCGCCACAAAGCGCUGCUGUUCUCGACCCACAUUGGCCCCCUUCCACUUUACAUUCCAAACACCGACGGCCACAGAGGGACACCCCUGGUGUGAAGAUGAACGGAUAUCGCGCGCAGAUGUGGGGGCCAUCCUCCCUGCUCCCAAGGCCAAGGCCUGCUCUGAACGACCGGUUGGUAUGGAAUAAAGCAACCACCUCUUCUUCUCCCCCGCAACCCUCUUUUCUUGUCUUUUCCCAGCCAUCUGGAUAUCCCUGCGCAAUUGGCAUCUCCCCCUCACACCUCCUCCUCCGCCAGCACCGUAAAGUAAGAUCAUGUCCAAGCCAUACGCCAAGCCGAGCCUGCUGGAGCAGUUUGGCCUCAAGCCGGACCCAAACAAGCUCGAGCACUCACAGUCGGGGGGCAAUCGCCUGACCAAGGUCUACACGACCGGCGGCCACCCGAUGGACUCGUCACAAAAGGGCUUUCCCGUCUACCACCGCAGGAUUGGCAAUCCAUUCCCGCUCGUCGCGCUGGCGAUUGGAACGUCGCUCAUGAUCAUCGCGCCGAUCCUCCUUGGGGUGCGAGGCCUCACGCAGCUCAACAUCUUCAUGGCCAUUGGUUUGCCCCUCGGAUGCGUGGGUAACUUCAUCGCCUCGAUGUUUGCCUAUGCCGAGGGCAACACCUUUACCGCCACGCUAGGCUCUGUCUUUGGCGGGCUCCUCGGUGGCCUCUCAAUCGCCUUUCUCCCGUGGACGGGCAUCCAGGCAGCAUACAUCGGCAAGGCCGCUUCGCUCGAGGAAGGCAUUUUGGACCUCUACAAGGCUCUCUCGCUCCUCUUCUUCUGCGCCAUGAUUCCCGUCUUUCUCGUCUUCCUUGCCUCGUUCAAGACGGCCAUGCCCAUUGCCGGCGGUGCACUCAUGAUCGUCAUUGCCGUCAUCCUUCAAGGAACCAACUACCUGCAUUACCCCAUGUUGGAGCUGCAAAAGGGCUGCGGCGCCCUCUUCUUCAUUGUCGGCAUCGUCCUCUGGUACCUUGCCGUGGCAAUCAUGAACCAGGAGGAGGGCGUUCCGGUUGUGAGUCUGAACAGCUGCUCUCUCUCGAUGUUCCUCCUUCCCAAGCUAAUGUCUUCACCAGCCCGUCUUUGCGCUGCCUCGGCACGACGACUGAUUGCGCUCAACGUACCCCACCUUGCUUUCUUCAUCAUAUCCUCUCCUCUCUCUUUUCUUUUUCCUCUCCCUCCUCUUCUCUCCUCCUUGUGCGCAAUAUAAAGUCAGAAUGUGCCUCACCCGUCCUCCCUUUUCUAAUGCGCGUGCUGCAGAGAAGUGUAACAAUCAGGUGGCUUUCCGAUUUAUUUGCCUAUCGGUCGCUCAAAGUAAGCUAAUGUGGCGGAAAACGAGGUGUGACCAUCCUCUAUUCUUCGUCUCGUUAGUUUCUGCCUGAGUUUAGCGGUAGAUGAC